AUGAAGAGACUCUACAGCGAGACACAACAACACCACCAGCAGCACCACAACCAAGGAAAGAGCGGCGCCGAGGCGUCGGACCUGGUGAAGAAGCUGGUCGGCGAGAUAAGCGUGGAGCGCGAGAAGAAGCGACGGCUCGAGUGGUACCUGAGCGAGGUGAUGAAGGAGAGGGAGCAGCUCAUGCGUGAGAACAGCGAGCGAAUGCAGAGCCUCAACCUCGAGGCCGCCUGCACAACGCCAACAUGCACGACGAGCUCGAUCGAGCCGCCGCAGUUCACGCGCAGCACCAGCGGCAUCUGCGACGAGUACCACUCGCCCAUGCUUAGGGAGGGCUCCACCACAUCGUCGCCUUCGUUGUCCCCACUGUGCUCCUCGCCGACGCUGACCACCGCGCCGCUGCUCGAGUCGGGUACCACGGAGGAGCUGUGCUGCGGCACCGCACCGGCCUUCGUCGCGGUCAAGUGCGAGCCCAUCAUCGACGAGGAGAGCCUGGGCCAGCAGUUCGGCACGACCACGACUUCGUCCACGGCGAGCUUCUUCUGCACCGAGGAGCACCGACCAUGCAUGGACGAGCCCACGCUCGUGCCGGCGAGCUGCGAGUGGCUGGCGGAGGAGCCCACCACCACCACCACGUUGCGAAGCUUGGAUAGUGGCAGCUCGUGCGCGCAGGAGGCCAAGAAGGAAGAGCUCGAGGGCUGUCUCGACCUCGACGUCAGCUGGUUGGGGCAAACCGAUGAGCAGGACCUCAUCAGCACUCUCCAAGAGUACUUCAGCUGA